UACGAACUCUCGCGCGAACUGGUCAGGUCUCGCGAGAGGUUAACAUAGACGCACUGAUUUCGUAAAAUUUGCCAGUUUUACGUUGUUUUUUGCUUCCAGCAAGCGUUCAGAAUCACUAUUUUGUCUGCAGAAGGGUCCACAUGAUACUUGUCAACAUGCCGGUGGAAGAGAAUAAGGACCUGCUCCUGGAAGAGACAGACCUUGCAUACGAAGAAGAUAUCUUGCGCAAUCCCUUCGCCGUGAAGUGCUGGCUGCGUUACGUGGAGCACAAAACUACCACCAAUGCACCUGGCAAGGCUAUCAACCUGGUGUAUGAACGGGCCUUGAGGGAACUGCCUGGCAGCUACAAGCUGUGGUACAACUACCUGAAGAGGAGAAGGAAGCAGGUGCGAGGCAGGUGUAUCACAGACCCAGCGUAUGAAGAUGUCAACAAUGCCUUUGAGAGAGCCCUUGUCUUCAUGCAUAAGAUGCCGCGUAUCUGGCUGGACUACUGUGUGUUCCUGAUGGACCAGAAGAAGAUCACCCGUACGCGCCGCACGUUUGACCGCGCGCUGCGAGCGCUCCCCAUCACCCAGCACCAUCGCAUCUGGCCCAUGUACCUCAACUUCAUUAAAACUUACCCGCUACACGAGACGGCGGUUAGAGUCUACAGGCGCUACCUCAAGCUGGCCCCAGAAAACACAGAGGACUACAUCGACUACCUGAUCUCCAUAGACAGACUGGACGAAGCAGCCACGCGUCUGGCUGACCUGGUCAACAAGGAAGACUUUGUGUCCAAGAGGGGCAAGUCAAACCACCAGCUGUGGCACGAUCUGUGCGAUCUCAUCUCCAAGAAUCCGGACAAAAUCCGCUCCCUGAACGUGGACGCCAUUAUUCGCGGCGGGCUCCAUCGCUUUACGGACCAGCUGGGCAUGCUCUGGAACUCUCUGGCAGAUUACUACAUCCGCAGUGGCCACUUUGAGAAGGCCAGAGAUGUGUAUGAAGAAGCCAUCCAGACUGUGGUGACUGUGAGAGACUUUGCCCAGGUGUUCGAUGCCUACAGUGAGUUUGAGUCCACCAUUGUCAACAACAAACUGGAGAUGGACGAGGACGGGAAACUGUCAGAGGAAGACCAAGAUGACCUUGACCUGCGGAUGGCUCGGUUUGAGGACCUGAUCUCCGAGCGGCGCCCCCUGCUGCUGAACAGUGUACUGCUGAGACAGAACCCACACAACGUCAACGAGUGGCACAAACGAGCCAAACUCUUCUCCGAAAAGGAGAAAGCCAGAGAGGUUAUCCAAACCUACACAGAGGCAGUUCAGACAGUGGACCCCCAGAAGGCCACAGGAAAGCUGUACACCCUGUGGGUCGCCUUCGCCAAGUACUACGAGGAAAACAGCCAGGUUGAUGAUGCCAGAACAAUAUUUGAGAAGUCCACCAAGGUGCCAUUCAAACAUGUGGAUGACUUGGCCAGUGUGUGGUGUGAAUACGCUGAGAUGGAAAUCAGACAUGAAAACUUUGAUGCUGCCCUGGAGUUGAUGAAGAGAGCCACCGCCAUGCCAGGCAGGAAGGCCGCGUACUUUGACGAGACAGAAACGGUACAGAACCGUCUGUACAAGUCGCUCAAGCUGUGGUCCAUGUACGCCGACCUGGAGGAGAGUUUCGGCACGUUCAAGUCCUGCAAGGCUGUCUACGAUCGCAUCGUCGACCUCAGGAUCGCCAAUCCUCAGAUCAUCAUCAACUACGGCAUGUUUCUGGAGGAACACGACUACUUUGAGGAAGGUUUCAAGGCCUAUGAGAGAGGUAUUGCCCUGUUCAGGUGGCCUAACGUGUAUGACAUCUGGAACAUGUAUCUCACCAAGUUUAUUGACCGGUACGGUGGGAAGAAGCUGGAGCGAGCCAGGGAUCUGUUCGAACAGUGUCUGGAAGACUGUCCUCCCAAAUAUGCCAAAAAUUUCUACCUGCUGUACGCCAAACUUGAGGAGGAACACGGUCUACAGCGACACGCCAUGGCGGUGUACGACCGCUCCACCAAGGCCGUCCAGCCCGACGAACAGUACGAGAUGUUCAACAUCUACAUCAAGAGGGCUGCGGAGAUCUUCGGUGUGACCUACACCAGACAGAUCUAUGAGAAGGCUAUAGAGAUGCUACCAGAGGAACAUGCCAGGGAGAUGUGUCUAAGAUUUGCAGAUCUGGAGAAGAAGCUUGGAGAGAUAGACCGAGCCAGAGCAGUGUACGCUCACUGUUCACAGAUGUGUGAUCCAAGGACAACAGCGUCCUUCUGGCAGACGUGGAAGGACUUUGAGGUCCGUCACGGGAACGAGGACACGAUUCGUGAGAUGCUGCGUAUCAAGCGCAGCGUGCAGGCCACGUACAACACCCAGGUCAACUUCAUGUCUGCCCAGAUGCUGGCCGCUGCCGGGAGUGCCACAGGGACAGUGGCUGACCUUGGGCCCGGGCAGAUGGACGACAUGAAGCUGCUGGAACAGCGUGCACAACAGCUGACCACGGAACACGAGAAGGACAUGCCCAAACCUAAGUCACAGCUCCUGUUUGUCAGGGGAGGCAGUACCCAGGAGGACCUGAGUGAUGCAGUAAAAGCUAACAACCCUGAUGAGAUCACCCUGGACUCUGAAGAGGAGGGGACGGACAGCGAGGCAGAGGUGGAAGAAGUCCAGUUGGAACGGAGGAGUGUGCCUACCGAGGUGUUCGGAGGGCUGGCCAAGGAAGAUGGGGAGCAUGACUAAUACAAUGUAUAAAAACAUAACAGGAGUGUCCUGCUAAGUAUAGCUUAGUCUCAAGGAACUGAUUGAAACAGGACAGAUUUCGCUGUCAUAUGGAUCUAAAGAUAUCAGAUAAUUGUUACAACAAGAAGAACAUAGCAAUGGAUAUUCAAGAAUAACCUUAAAUCCAAUAAAGUGACAUUCCAAUA